GCCCACAGACAACUUUGCACAUAAUCUGUUAAUGGAGAGAACGACACAGACCCCACACUGGACCUAAUAGAGGACCCCACAUCAUCUUUGGUCCCCUGCAUGACACGUAAACUUUUACAGCCCCCACACUUAUAAAUCAACGGCUGAAAAGUUACUUCUAUAUCAGUUUUUUACAGUUUUACCCUCAAUGGGGUCCAUAGAAUCCCCUUAAAGCCCCACACAUUUUUUCUUUCCCUUUUCCUUCAUUCAUCAUCAUCUUCAUCAAUCCAUUUUCUUUCAUUUCCACUACUGCUACUCUUUGUAUAAAACCCUAAUAAAUCAUCUCCUCUGAAUCUCAAUCUUCCCAAAGUUUCAAUCUUUUUUCAUUAAAUCAAAAAACCAAACAAAACCCACAAAUUAUUUCUCAAACUUUUAUCAAAAUGAGCUCUAAAAUCAUUUUCCAUAAGCAUCACCAAGAAACCCCAAACCUAAACAAUUCACCCCUACUCAUGACUGAGUCACAACCCAAACGCAUUACUAUUACCCGACUCGCUCAACCUCAAAAACCCAUAUCCAAGGACCGCCAUACCAAAGUGAAUGGGCGUGGGAGACGGGUCAGGAUGCCAGCCCUUUGUGCAGCUCGGAUCUUUCAGCUGACCCGGGAACUAGGCCACCGUUCGGAUGGUGAAACGGUGGAGUGGCUUCUCCGACACGCGGAGGCUUCUAUUAUUGCUGCGACUGGUACUGGCACUGUACCGUCAGACCCUGUUUCUACCACUAUUGGUGCGGUUCCUAUAUCAUCCGUUUCGCCGUCUGUUCCGUGCAAGAUUCAGACUAGUAUUGCUGGCGGUGGCGUUGUUCAUGGGCAGGGCAUGUUUGCUCUGACGGCGGCGCCGAAUUGCCGUCUUGAUUUGGAGUAUAGACAUAUGCCUUUUACUGCUUUGCUGCUACAGCCAGCUUCUGUUAUGUGUACUGCCUCAGCCGCCGAGGGUGGUGGCAUGCGUCAGCACCGCCACCAGGAGGAGGAGGUGCUUGGAGUCGGGGAUGAUAAUCAUCCAGAGCAUAUGUAGACAAAAUGAAAUUUAGGAUUUGGAUCAACAUUACAGUAUUAAUAAAGUAUAGGUAUCUUUUUGUAAUUUGUGGGGUUUUGUCGUUUUCAGGUUUUUUUGGUGGGUCCAAUUAGGUUUUUAUUUACUCUGGUGGGUUAUGAAUCAAACGUUGGGAAUUGGUAUGUGUUCUUGAUUUGAUUUGUGGGUUUCGAUUAGGAUAUGAUUUCUCCAUUCGAUUUGGUUUGAUAAUAUAAAAGUACAGUCGACCCUCUAA